AUGAAUGGAGUCAAUAGAAACUGGACUGACGCCUGGCGUAAGACGUCCUGUAACCGAGAAGAGGGAGAAGGGGGAGAUGGGGGAGAAGGAGAGGAGGGAGAAGAAAGAGAAGAAAGAGAAGAAACAGAAGAAGAAAGAGAAGAAGGAGAAGGAGAGGGAGAAGAGGGAGAAGAAAGAGAAGGAGAAGAGGAGGGAGAAGAAAGAGAAGAAGAAGGAGAGGGGGGAGAAGAAGAAGAAGAAGGAGAGGGGGGAGAAGAAGAAGAAGAAGGAGAGGGGGGAGAAGAAGAAGAGGAGGAGGAGGAGGAAGGCUGA